CCGUGUCUAAUUCUGGCGAAAUGUUUCAGGGGCGCAGUAUGUGCCCGGCGCUGGGCUUGGCGCUGCACCCCAGAACAGGAGCUACAUUUACGACUACGUGCCACCGAGCUAUCCGCCGUCCAGAAUCGACAAAUACAGGGGUAGUUCCGACAUACAGAAAAGAAUGACUCAGAGGGAGGACACGUUGAGGUUCGAGCAGGGCCGUAUCAAGGCCCUGCAGGAGGAACGUCUGCACAUACAGAAGAAGACGUUCACCAAAUGGAUCAACUCGUUUCUGUUGAAGGCACGUAUGGAAGUGGAGGAUUUAUUUACGGAUCUAGCGGACGGCAAGAAGUUGCUGAAACUGCUGGAGAUCAUCUCCGGCGAACGACUGGCCAAGCCAAACAAUGGUCGCAUGCGUGUGCACAAAAUCGAGAACGUGAACAAGUCCCUGGCGUUCCUUCACACAAAGAAACACAUAUUCAGGGAUUUCUUUCACGUUCCCAAUUGAAGUAGAAAAUCUAGGAAAAAUCUAGAAUCUGGAAGAUAAUACCUGGCGAAUCUUACAUCCGAAACGCAGAAUUUUCAGAGUGCAAAAUUAAAAUUCACUUCAACGAAUCGACAAUUGUCCAUUUAUUGUGGUUUAAAUUUACGCUAAGAUGUAGUCAAACAAAAGCUACUUUGCCUCCUUCCUCCCAAGCUCAAGACAUCUUCAACGUACAAAUUAUCACGUUCGACAUCUUCCUCUCGGGAGGAUUAGAAAAUUUCUCCCGGACGUCACAGACGCCAGCAGCAUGGUUCAUUAAGCCGAUGGAUCUAAUUGUUCGUCGGCGAGGACGUGCAGAAAUAAUUCUCACGCUUUCGCGAUUGUCUUUUCCCCAUUUCGCGACACGGUAUUUCACGUUGUGUUACGUAACCGAGAUACCGUGUUACGCAAGUAAAAAUUUCUUCGCGAAGCGUUUUUUUCUCCGCCGCGGACAUUAAUAACGAAUGCUGCUGUAUCAUCCGAUAAUCCGACUCGAUCGUUUCGUUACACCCGGGGCAAUCAGCCUCGUUCUACGAGAUCAGCACCGCUAAACGAGAAAAUUAAAAGCGAAAAUUACCACCUGAGCUAAUGCGAAUCUCGAUGGU